AUGAAAUGGUUAGCGUCUGAUAAAUUAGAUGAAUUUUUAUGGCUGUUCUUCGUAUGUCUAUCGUGGUAUUGUUCGUCGCUUCUAAUAGCAGCACAAUACAAUGCAUUCCUUAACAACCCUAUUUCGUUCGUCGUAGAGACCACUUACACCAACUGGACCACUAAGUUUCCUUCUAUAGCUGUCUGUGAGACUGAUAAUAUAGCACGUAUUGAAGAAAUCUCAGAUCGUUUAUGGGGUAAAGAUCACGAUUUUAAUAUUGAAGAAGUAUUAAAGGAAUUGUCAUAUUACAAGGGGGUGGCGUAUUAUACAACCGAAUUUUGUAAAAUGGAGAACCCGUUGCCAGAGUGCUUUCAAGAUAAUAUAACCCACUAUGUGAACCAGGUCCGAGGCGACUGUAAUUCUAUAAUAUCGUUUUGUACUUGGAAUGGCCAACCCUUCGAGUGUUGUAAGUAUUUUAGACCAAUGGAUACAGAACUUGGGAUCUGUUUUGCGAUAAAUUCUAUUCAAGGAAGGGAAAAGCGUCCGCCAAAAUUGGAGCUCGUUAACAACCGAACGACUGGGCCAGGCGCGAUGACUUUCAACGUUCAUUUGCCGGGUAAAGUUUACGUAUUGAACGAGGAAGAAGUACCAUCAAUCACCACUCCAGAAUCUGACGUCAUCAAUGUUACGCCUGAAAUGUACCACAGGCGUUUAAUAUCAAUAAAGGAUAUACAGAACGAUGCUGGAGCCAGGUUUAUAUCUCCAGAAAAACGGAAAUGUCGAUACACAGAUGAAAAUAAUUUAGAGGUGUACCCAUAUUAUUCAUAUACAGCAUGCACAGUUCAAUGUAGGAAGGAUGUGCAACUGCGAUUAUGCAAUUGCACCAACUUUUACAUGCCGAAAGUUGAUGAACACUUGAAAUGCAAUAUGACUGGGGUUAUUUGUCUUAAUAAUAACUUCGAUACAUUUUCGGUACUCAAAGCGCGUUGGUCGUCAAGAACAGGUUUAUUCUGCGACUGUCUACCAUCCUGUACUGAGGCGGAAAUAUCUACAGUGAAAGAUUUUAAGUCAGUUACAUAUAACGAUUACGCCUCAGUAGCGAUAGAGCUUGCCUUUCUUCCUACUGAGAGAUAUAGGAGGAACGUUGUACGCGGUGUUUUAGACUUAGUUGUUUCAACAGGUGGCACAGGUGGCUUAUUCCUUGGCGCGAGUUUACUUAGCUUCGUCGAGUUGAUCUACAUUAUACUAUUACGUCCCUUUUGCAACAUUUACUCACAAAGAUACAAGGACCCUUGGCAUGAAAAAUAUGGUCGGAAACUAGAAGACAAUAAGUUUAUUCAACUUCGCUUGAAGCCUGGAUCUCUAAAAUUUUAA